AUGGGCGAUGUCGUUGCAAAGUGGGACGAGGAGGUCGUACAUGCUCCGAAUGUGAAGAUUACUUUUGGGGUGAUCCAACAACAUCGGAGGGUUGUAAAAGAUGUGAGUGCAACCCGACGGGAUCUGCUAGCCAACAGUGUCACCGCAACAAUGGUACCUGUGUUUGCCUACCUGGAUCUGGAGGCGAUCUCUGCGAACGAAUGUGCACGUGGAUAUACUGGAACAUGGCCUUUCUGCCAGCCAUGUGGCGAAUGCUUCCAUCAGUGGGAUUCUAUCAUACAAGGUCUGAAGGCGCAAGUCGAUAAGCUUAUUGACACCGCCGCGAAUAUCGAGGACACCGGCGUUGCAUCUGCCUAUGACGAGGAAUUUGAAAGUAUGGAGGCAAAGUUGGAGGAGACAAAGAAGAAGCUCUCAGACGCCAAUAUCAGCAAGGAGCAUAUAGAACAGCUAGAGAAUGAGGUUGCUAAGCUCAAGAAAGAGGUUGGCGCCGCUCGUGAGAAGUUGGAUGGCAUCGAGGCACGCGUUUCUAACGCCACUCAAGCUGUAGACUUUGCUGAAGAAGAUCUCAAGCAACUACAGGCAGAUGCAGUUCGUCUUACAGAAGCCGCAGACGAUUUGCGUGACAGGACUAAUAAGAUCAAAGAGGCUGAUGUACAGGGCGCGUAUAACAUAACUAGAGAGUCGGCAGCUCGAUCAUUGGCUGCUCAACGGCGAACUGACGCAGCUAUCGGCAAACUUGCCGAGGCAGAAAGUGAAGCACGUGAUGCGGAAGCUUUGCUGGAGAAGAACCGCGAUGACUUUGAUAAGCAGUAUGCAGAGAACGAAGCCGCCUUGGCCGAGAGUGAGCAGAAAUUACACAUGUUGGAAGCUGCAUUACCAACGUUGAAAUGCAGAAGUCUGUGGAGCUGCAUCUGCUCCCUGUGA